UGCUUUAUUCAGCGUAUUCUUCGCGCUGCUUCACGUUUGCUUCAUACAGCUUUGUACUCGAAGGAUAAUUUUUGGUUUGCGUUUUCUCUCUUUGUCUCUCUCAGCUCUCUCUUAAAGAGAGCGAAAGAAUCAGCGAAUAGCGAGUGGGGGAGGGGGGGCAAGCGUCCAGUGACGUUUCUCCGCGUCUUCUAUGUGACUAUAGAGUAUGGCGUAGUCUCAACUAAUCUGAAAGUUCUUUUACGAUAUGUGACCUAUGUGAAGUAUAAGGCGUAUAUCUACAUAUACCUGUGUGUGAGCGAUAAAGCGUAUCAAUGCCGUCAAUGGUUUACGGCUGUAAUUAUAAUUAUAUUUUUCGCGAUAAUACACCUCGAAUAACACAUAGAUUGAAUGUCCUGAGCAGUGAUCAUAUCUGUUACAUUCUCUGCUAAUUUGUUAAUUAAACCUUAAAAGGAACAAUAAGAAUACACAUUUCUCAUUGAUAACAUUUGUGAAGGGAUUUCAAUUAUUUCUGGAAAAAAUUGUAUGUAAGCGAGAGAGGUGCUUACACAGAUGCUUAUCUUGUAACAGAAAUGUCCCAAAUUACGGUUACGUCAAGUGGAAUGGAGCGCAGUAUUCAUGAAAUGUUGAAGGAUGCACCUUCUCUAAAUGAGAGCGACAGUGCUGUACAUACUGGGACUCCUCCGCCUCAUGUACCGAACAACUCAAGCAGCGGCAGGCAUCCGAGACCAGCUACCAUAAACCUGAGCCUAGGAAGUCCUACAACUCAGAUUUAUGUCUGUAUCCCUACAGCAGUAGCAGUUUCACCAAGUACACCUGUUCAGAAUGGUGACACACAAACCAUGCGUACUACCCAGAGCAAAAUUGAGAGUCUGAAGAAUUGGAGUAUCUCCACAUACAAAUGUACCAAACAAUUAAUGUACGAAAGAUUAGGGAAAACGUCGCGUACUGUAGACUUUGAACUCGAAACACAGAUCGAAUUGCUCAGAGAUACUCAAAGAAAAUAUUGCAACAUUCUGCGAUUGUCACGAGCUUUGGCGUCACACUUUCAUCACGUCGUUCAGACGCAACACGCUCUUGGAGAAGCGUUUUCUGAAUUAGCACAGAAAUCACCUGAGCUUCAAGAGGAGUUUCUGUACAAUUCGGAAACGCAAAGAAAUUUAACUAAAAAUGGCGAAACACUUCUAGGGGCCUUAAACUUCUUUGUUUCCUCUGUGAAUACUUUGUGUAAUAAGACGAUUGAGGACACAUUACUCACAGUGAGACAAUAUGAAACUGCAAGGAUAGAGUACGAUGCAUAUAGAACAGAUCUAGAAGUUCUUGUGCAAGCUACAAAAUCAGAUAGUAACAAUGCGGCAAGAUUAGAAGAGGCACAGGCUAAUUAUGAGGGACACAAACAGAAUUUCGAAAAAUUACGCUCAGAUGUUUCUAUUAAGUUGAAAUUCUUGGAUGAAAACAGAAUUAAAGUAAUGCAUAAGCAACUGCUCUUAUUCCAUAAUGCUGUAUCUGCCUAUUUCUCGGGGAAUCAAACUGCAUUGGAAGCAACUCUCAAGCAAUUCAACAUCAAAGUGAAAUCACCAAACUCCACUUUACCAUCGUGGCUGGAGCAGUAGUUGAAUUAAAUUGAAUUUGAUUCUACUGCAAAGGAUGUGAAUAUACAAGUGAAUGAUUCACCGAAUUAAUGCGAGUUGCAAAACGCAGAAAGUAAAGGUAGAACAAUUAUCAAAAAAUUCGACGAUUGCCAGUAUAUAUAUUGUGAGCUGCCGUUUAGUCUGACAAUUUAAUAGAGAGUGAAGAAUUGCGAGAUUCAUGGUGUAUAAACAGACUGAAUCAAGGUGUAAUAUCGAUCAUCAAUAUUGAUUUUGUGUGUGUGCGUGUGUGUGUGUGCGUAUAUGUGCACACAAGAAUUAUUAAUUUUAUGAUGUAUGUGUCUACACGCAGACACACGCGUCAUCAUAAAAUUAAUAAUUUAAAAAAAGAAAUUAUAAAAAUUAUAGACAGUAGGGGAAUCUCUAACCAACUUAGACAAUGUUUCAAUAAUUUCUAAUGCUUAAACAUUUGAGAGAAGGCAAUAGAUAUUUAAUUUUUAUAUUUCUUAGAGAAGUUUCAAAAUGUAAAUACGGUAAUAUGAUAAAUGGAGUCUUCUAUUUUACAGCAUAUUAGUGGUAUUUUAAUUGCUUAUUAUCAUGCAUCAUUUAAUACAUCAUUUAAUAUAUGUACAUUAGGCAUACAGCUUAACCUUUAAACCACUACGUCCAAAAAAUCACACUAAUCAUAAUGUCGAUCUAACAGACCACUAUUAUGUUCCCGCUAAUUUGAUAAGUUAAUUAUAAAAAUAUAUUUUAUAAGUUAAUAAAAAUUUAUGUUUUCUAAAUACUUGUUGAUGGGGAAAAGGAAAACUAUGUUUUAAUGUAAGGGUUAACAAAAAAAUCUCGUAUACAAUAGAAAUAAAAUAUAUUUAAAUGGUGACAAAUAAGAAAAUUGUUGACAAGUAACGUUUCAGUAGCGGUCUGUGAAAUCGAUAUAGUGGUUUAAAGGUUAAUAAUGAUGAAUACAUUUACUAUUUUAAUAGACUAAUUUUUAAAUUACAAAUCAUAUAUUGUUUCAUAAAAGUCUAAGAGCUAUAAUGUGAUCUUAUGAAGAUUUUCGCACCUGGCAAUUGUCUCCAAAUGGAAUGGAUAUCUGGCCCGCGAGUUGCCAGUUACACAUUCUUGUUCUAGAAUAUUAUACAAGCAACAUAGAAACAUGAACAUUAAGUACCUGUACUCAUGUUACUAUUAUAUUAUGAUGUUUAGGAUAUGCAAGAUAUUAAAACAAUACAAAAUAUCCAUCAUUAUCUUUGAAUGGGAUGCAAGAUGUAGCUAAUAGUACUAUGAUUAUUAUUGAUUAGAGAAUUAUAUCUUUUAAUUAUUGGAAUUUGCAAUCAAGAGGUGCAAUCAUUGAAUUUGACACAACCAAUAUGUUGAUGAUUGGAAGAGUUUGAGUGGAAUGUGAAUUGCACACCUCAUGUUAGACAGAUAUAAGGAGGUAUUGCUGAAGCUUGUAGAGAACUGCAAAAACAAUUUUUGCAUUAAAAUUUGAAAAAUUAACAUUCAUUGUCUUUUAGAAAUUAAACUGUUUCUGAAGAGUUAUGCCUAUUGACACUUUUGAUCGGCAUUUUAUGAACUAUAAAAUCCCAAAAUUUGAACGAAUUCCGCCAGGGGACAAUUUCCUAUAAAGUGUGUGUAGAGAUUUAUAGACUUCAUUUCCAUUUAUAAUAUUUUUAACGUAUUAUUUAAGUUAUCCGUUACAAAUUAAUUUAUUAAAAGUAAGAAAAUAAUUGAAUGAAUUGGAAAAAUCUCAAUAGAAUACGUAUUAAAAGUACAUUAAGUACAUAUUAAAGAAAUGUGCAAUUUUAAUCUCACAAUGUUUCUGUGUUAUACCAUACUUUGCUAUAAUUAUUAUAUUGCUAUAACUAUUUUGUUUGUAUUAACAGAAACUGUGAAACAAAUACCGUAAAAAUAAAUAUUAUGUUAAUGGUAUCUUUGUUUAUAGUUAUAUAGUAUUUAUUGUAAUUUAUUUAUUGAAGCAAUGGAUUUGAUUUUGUGUAAUAUGAUAAUUGUAAAGGAAAAUUUUACAUUAUAAAUACAUUUUUUAAUUUCCCAGUUUCUAUUUAAAGAUUUAUAUUAAAAACAGUUUAAUUUUUUUAAAAAAACAUUGUGAAAUGUUUUGUAAAGAGAAGCUAGUCAUUUUCGUACUUAUGUAUUUAUUUCAAAAUUAUAAAAAUAAAAAUAGAGAGACGACAUUUUAGUUAAAUAAAUAAAUUUAAUUUUACUUGUGUGCUUGCAUUAUUAAUGCUAUAGUGGGAACAUAAUACAUAAAUUUAUGCAAAUAUGUUAAGUACACAUACAUGUCACAUAUACAUAAUUUGCAAUUUCCAGAUCUUUUAGGGAGAAAUCUUUAAGUAUCUUUUAUAAUAAAGUAUUACGGCAUUUCUAAUGAUAAUCAUUUCUUACUUGCCAUGAUAGCCAUAAUCAUUGCAAUUAGCUACGAUUAAUGAACAAAUAAAUUGGUUACUAGGAAGAUAUGCAAUAUUAUGUUAUGUCACAAGAUAUGCAAAGAUGAUUCUUCCUUUGUGUAAAUAAUAUUUAAUAAACAUUUCAACAUGUGUGUAUGAUGAAUGUAUACAAAGUAAAUGUGCAAGAUAUCAACAGUCUUGGAGAAUCAUUAGAUUUCUAUCAUUUUAUGCUUAAAUCUGUUAUUUAAGGAAUAAUAGCGCGAAAAUAUUUGAUAAAACUCUGGCCUGUGUAAAACUGCUACGUUCGUAUCUGUAUAUAUUCUUUGCACUAAUAUAAACUAAUGUGUAAAGACUUUGUGAACUUGUAUCCUCGCUUUAAUUAUUUAUAAUUUAGCUAUACAUAAUCAAGUUACAUUCCAGAACACAUUAGAAGCAAAGUCAAAUGCUUUAUCUGUCAUAAUCUUUUUUGAUAUUACAUGCUAAAAAUGAGUUAAUUUCCACUUAAUUAUGUAAACUUAAACACUAUUAUUUAUAAAAUAUAUAAUAGCUGAAAGAGAUUAUGUGUUCCUAACUAUGAUGUUAUCAUAUGUGUAUAUUAUAUGUUUACAAAUUAACAAUAAAUGAAUACUUAUAUGAAAAA